GACGAGGAGACGUAUUUCCACAUUGCAUUUGUUAUACUUUGCGGUAUUACGUCCACGCUCUUCUGAUAACUCAAGACUACGUUUCAGCGAAUAUAAGAAUGCUGAUGUACAAAAUCAUUUGCAUUUGCGCCGUUGCAUUCAUCGCGACAGACGCCGCUGCUAUUCAAGAUUCAAAUCCGGACACUAAGGAGAUAAAUUAUCGGCUACCUAAUCACACAAAACCGUUAUUCUAUGAGCUUAAAUUAAACCCGCAUCUCACGGUGGGCAACUUUACAUUUGACGGCGAAGUAUUCGUUCGCAUUGAGAUUCUGAGGCAAACGACAACUCUCACGCUGCACAUGAAGAAACUGACAAUAGACGGAAACACAACCUUUCUGAAAGCCAACUCUGGAUCUGACUUUUACUUUCCUACUACAUAUGACAGUAAUAAUCUAACCGAAUUAUUGACUCUUGGUUUUGAGAAGGAAUUGCCUGCUGGACAUUAUAUUUUGUAUGUGAAAUUUGCUGGUACACUGAACGACUUGAAUUCAAAUGGAUUUUACCGAAGUUCUUAUAUCAAUGAGGCAGGAGAGACAGUAUGGUUCGCGGGAACAAAUUUCAUGGCAACUUAUGCGCGUGCUGCUUUUCCUUGUUGGGACGAGCCGGCACUGAAGGCCUCUUUUAAGAUUGCUGUCAAGCACCAUCGCAAUUACACGGCCGUUUCGAACAUGCCGAUUUCCGAAGAGUCGGAAAUCGACGAGAGUGACGGAAAGAUAUGGACACAUUUUGAAGAAUCGCCUGUUAUAUCGACGUACCUAGUCAGUUUCCUAAUCUUCGAUCUUCGUAAUAUAAGCAAUUCCGAUGGAACCAUCAACGUCUGGAGUAGAGGCAACGUAAUUUCCUCGGCGAGCUUCGCCCACGAAGUUGCCCAGAAAGCGGCGAUCGAAUUGAAACGAUACACUAACAGUUCCGUUCGGUUGGCUAAAAUCGAUCACGUUGCGCUUCCUGACAGAUAUGUUAUUGGAUAUAAUAAGGACAUGGAAAGUUGGGGGCUUAUCACUUACAGGGAAGCCACAAUACUGUACGAUGAACAUAGUAGUUCGAUCGAUGCAUUGUAUAGAAUUGCAGACAGUAUCAUUCAUCAAUCAAGCCAUCAAUGGUUUGGUAAUGUUGUUAGUCCUUCCUGGUGGACUAAUAUAUGGAUGAAUCGAGGACUUGCUGAAUAUUUCAAGUAUUACAUUGUUGAUAAGAUAUAUAAAGAUUGGCGAGUCACGAACUUUUUAGUUAUGAAGUCACUGAAUUCAAUACUUUUUACGGACAGUUUGGAACAUACACAACCUCUUAAUUUGGAGCCUAAUACUAUUCAAGAAAUUAAUUUAAAAUCUUCGUCGCGCGAGAGAGAUAAUCGCAAAGCUUCUCUGCUAUUACGAAUGCUUUCACAUUGUAUUUCUGAUGAUGUAUUCCACGCCGGACUCGUCAGAUAUCUUGAUAAGCACAAGUACGGUGUAGCCAAGCCUGAAGAUUUAUGGGACGCUUUGCAAGAUGCAUUUAAUGAAUCAGCGAUACAGAACAAAUUCAAAAUUCAAGAAGUAAUGAGCACCUGGAUAGAACAGAAAGGGUAUCCUCUUGUAACAGUAAUUAGAGAUCAACAUACUGGAAAAGUAAAGAUGACACAGGAAUAUUUUCAACCAUAUAAAAAAAUGAGUAUACGUAAGAAUAUCAAAGGUGCAGAGACUGAGAACAGGUGGUGGAUUCCAAUAAAUUUCGCAACUCACGCCAAUCCGGAUUUCUCGUCAACUUUAGCUACACACUGGUUGUCCCCAGAAACUGAGGAACUUGUCAUCGAUGGUAUCGACCCGCAAGAUUGGAUCAUAGUGAACAUUCAACAAACUGGUUUUUACCGUGUAAAUUAUGACACAAUAAACUGGUUAAAAAUUGCUGAUUAUUUGGAUUCCGAAAAUUACACAAAAAUUCAUGUACUGAAUCGCGCAUGGAUAAUUAACGAUGCAAUUCACCUUAUGUUCACGGAUAAAUUAGAUCCCAGAAUUUUCAUGGAGAUCACAAAAUAUUUACGGCGUGAAACAGAUUAUGUAGUAUGGUAUUCAUUGUUUAAAAUUUUGAAAGACACAACUAAAAUAUUUGCUUACAAUGGAGGAGGUGAAUUGCUUAAGCCGUACGUUCUGGACUCGAUGAAUAAUAUAGUAGAAACUGUAGGUGUGCAGGAUCAUCCGAAUGACAAUUAUUUUACAAAAUUAACAAGAAGUGCAAUUUUUAAGGAUACAUGUGCCUCCGACCACCCUACAUGUCUACAUGAAGCCUAUAAUCAAUUACUUGUUUAUUUGGAUAAUCCGACGGUGCUUACGAAUAGAACUUCAUUUCACAAGAAGAAAUGGAUAUUCUGUAACGGCAUAAAACAAGCGAAUGAAACUAUUUGGAAUAAAGUGCUUUAUAUGUACACGAACCUGUCUGAACCUACAUUGUAUUGUCUUGGGCACUCUAAAAAUCGAAAUAUUAUCGAGAAAUUCCUAAAUAUGACCAUAACAGAAGAUUCACCAUUCGCGAAGAAUGAUAUUCAUCGUGUUAUCGACUCAGUAUUAAAUGGAGAUUUUCCAAAUGUUGAUAUGGUGAUAGAUUUUAUUGUGAAUCACUGGGAUAAACUAAUAACUAGAGUUGACGAUCCUACAGAUUUGUUGCACGAUGUUAGUUGGUAUAUUGUGUCUAGGAAACAAAUUCAAAAGAUAGAAGCCUUUUUAAAUAAACUUGGUAUGAAAGUACCACAAAUUCUAAAACUUCAAGAGCAAAAUAUAGAGUUAACGGAGACAAUAGUAAACAAAAUUCGUGGGUGGUUAGAACAUAAAAGUGUAAACUUAUUUACAAAUAUUACAUCGCAAUAGAUUUCUUUUAUAGAUUUUAAUAUCACAGAUUUUAAUAUAUC